GUUGCUUUUCUUGCUUCGAAGUGAGCUAACCGGGUGGUGGCAUUUCUCGCGAAGAGCCUCCCCGAAGUCACGCUGGCCGCUUACGCGCUGUUUCCCUUCGGCUGUCGCGCCUCUCGUUGCAGCAGCUUCGCCCAACUAGGAGGAGACGCUUGUCUCUCUUUUUUCCGUAGGUUUAAUGGUCGCUGUUCUAUGUGAGAAGGAGAACAAGCAAAAAAGUGAAAGGUACCGCUCCUCUGUCAGCGGCAACUCAGCCGCUCGGCCCGUGGGUGUCUCUCUCGAGACAUCGUGAAGACGGCGUCUCACCUGGUGUUGCCUCAGGCUCAUGGUUCUUUUCCUCGUUACUCCUUUUGCCUUGCCGCUUCCUCUUUCGUUUUGCUCGAAUCUGUCUCCCCUCCUCCUCUCAGAACAACUGAUUCGUAUCCGUGCUCGAUGUCUUCUGCAGAGAAAUGCAUAAAAAGGAACAGCUGCUGUCCUCUGCCGGCUUUUCUCGAAGAGACUGUCUCUCGUCCAGCUUCUUCUCUUCCUCUGAAUCCUUUCUUUUAGGUUUCCCCAGCCUUUUCUGCCGAUCUGUCGACACUUCUGAGUUCUUCACCAUUCCUCUCUUCCUCCGCAGCCUUUAUUCCAGAUAGUGCUGUGUCUUUUUUUAUCCCCCUCCUUCUCCUUCUGCGCCUUGUCUUCCUCUGUCGUUUUUCCUCUUCUCCUUUGCCCUUUCCUCCCUGAGUCCAGUGCCCUGUCCUCUCCGUCCUUCCCUCUCUUUGGCCGCGUUGACUCUCCGUUCUUCACUUCCUCUCCCUCCACUCGCUCUUCUCGAAUUCCUCUACGCGGCGCCACUCUCCCUGCGUCCUAUGGCGUUCUCUUCCUCGUCUGACUCUUCCUCUUCUUCCUCUCCAUCUUCUUUCGCCUCCUCUUCUCCCCUCCAAGUGGAUCGGCGUGUAUUCGAGGAAGGCAGACGGUCGGGGGACGCAUGCAGUCUUUGUGCUGUGUCACAAGAAACUGGAGGUGCAGAAGCAAACCGCAGCUGUCAGUCAGGUCGUCUGAAAGUUCUUCUGGCUGUCACAGGCAGUGUGGCGGCGAUAAAAGUCCCCGAGAUUGCGGAGGAACUGCAUGCUGAAGGUCGGAGGAGAGACAUCUUCGUCGACCUCAGAGUAGUCGCGACGAAAGAUGCUUGUCACUUCCUGGAGAGCUGCUCCUCAAACGUUCUCCGAGAUGAGGACGAUUGGAAAUCCUGGAAGCGGAAGGGGGAUUCGGUCCUCCAUAUUGAGCUGAGAAGAUGGGCAGAUGUCUUUGCCAUUGCACCUCUAAGCGCCAACUCGCUCGCGAAGAUCUCUCAAGGCCUCUGCGACAAUUUAGUGACCUGUGUGGCUCGCGCUUGGGACUUUGAAAAGCCGUUCGUCGUUUUCCCCGCCAUGAACUCUCUCAUGUGGAAGCACCCGGUCUCUGCUCACCAGCUGAGCAUUCUUCGUUCCUUCGGAGUCAAGGUGGUUGACCCUGUUGAGAAGACUCUCGCUUGCGGAGACACAGGUGUAGGAGCUCUGCCGCCUCCUCGGAGCGUCGCGGCUGAGAUUUUUCGCGUCGUCUCUCCUGCACCUGGCCCUCUCAGUGAAAAAGAGAGAGAAGAGAACGGACGUCUUCGAGGAGACACAGAGACAGACUGCUCUCAGAGCGAUGCGUCUGCGUGCUCUAUGCAGACACAAAGGUUUUGAGGGUUUUUCUCUGUCUCGGCAUUUACUACCGAGGUCAAAAGACAAAGGGGCGUAGCUGCCGCACUGCUCUUGCCUACUUGUGUCGUGUGUCUACUUUCUGUUUGGGGACGAAUCAACGUCGCAUGUUCUUCUAUUUGAUGUACUUCUUUUCGUUCUCUUCUCUUCCAUCACAGGUCUUCAAUGUAGUGUCGAUUUGUUUACAAGGGCAAGGAAUGCCCCGAGGUUCUCGCUUCCUAUCUUUAACUUGUCCCUCACGCGUAAUUGCAAUCCCAGCAGUGCGUUGCUUUCGGGAGAGUCCGAGAGCAAGUCUGAACUCAAACGAUUCCUUCAGGUCAUAAAUCUGCUGGUAAGGUCUAGGAUCCACCUUGCGAGAGUCUGCCAUCGGAAAAUGCCUUUUCUCCGGUUUUCCAUGAAUUCAUGUUCUCCUGC